CCUGGACUCGUCUACUUGCUUGUUGUGCAGCGUGUCCUGUUUUGUGUAUCGGUUCGGUUCAUCUUCCCCCCAAUUGCUUGCCAUACGGAACCGGGGGUUUCCCUUGUUUGGUGUCAACAGUGUGUGUUAAACACCAAUUUUGGUCCCAUUUCGGACGUUCCGGUUGUGUUGCUGCGUGGUGUUAUCCAACCAUUGCAUUGCGCGCACGACAUUAACAUAAAUUAACAACGGCCAAAGAGGUGGCUGCGUGUCGCGGAUCCACGCAUCCCCGACAAUUUUAUCGACGCGACCGAGGGUGCCGCGGAAUAGAGAUUUCUGACUGCAACCUUUGUACACGCGGUGCACACGGGAAACAGCAGUCCCGGUGGGCGGCGCUGAGAGUGUGGAGUUUUUAUUUGCGUUGAUGACACAAUGACAAAAAGAUUCCGUCUCCGCUCGAGUGGGACUGAGAAAGCCUGUUAAUCGGAGUGUGUUGGUGGUGACGUUAAAAGCAGGUGCGUGUGCCGUGAACCAUUGUUUUAAUUCGGUUGUUCCGGAAAGCGUGUUUUGCUGUGGCGUCUUCGUGCAAAACUGUCCACCUACGAGUGACAAAAAAAUGAGUAUCAGAGUGCCGACGACGUAUCGGAUCGAAGCAUUACUACAGCUGUUGGGCUCCGAAAUUGUUAUAUAAGUGAACGCACAAGUGAGUCCAGUGAAAGUGAUAUAAGUGAACGCGUGAGUGAGUCUGUGUGCAGCGUAGCGCACUAGAUUACUGAAGCUUCCAAACCAAUCAGCCCUUUCACACGGCUGAGUAGGCUCGGCUGUCGUCAUCGCGAAGAAAGUUACCCGUAAACAAAACACGUCUGACGCAAUCAAGCGCGUGUGUUGGCGUGUGUAGUGUGUGUGUCUCGCAGGGUUAUCAUUGAAAUAAGGAAAUUAAAGGACAAUCGGGCGGCAGUUGUGAUCAUCAUCGGUCGCAGCAGUCUCAUUGCAUCACUAUUAUGUACACAAUGAAACCGAUUCCGGUGCAACAGUUGCCAACGCAACAGCAACAACAGCAGACAGCCGUUCAGAGGCAACCUAAAACGACGGCGAUCACGGAUGACUAUGAAAUUUCCAAUACCGUGCUCGGGCUCGGCAUCAACGGGAAGGUGGUGCAGUGCAUGAGCAAGAAAACGGGAGAAAAACACGCACUGAAGGUGCUCCAUGACAAUGCCAAGGCCAGACGCGAGGUGGAGCUGCACUGGAGGGCAAGCGGCUGUCGGAACAUAGUAAAUAUCAUCGACGUGUACGAGAACAGCUACAGCGGCAACCGAUGCUUGCUCGUCGUCAUGGAAUGUAUGGAAGGUGGUGAACUCUUUCAGCGAAUCCAGGAGCGACAGGACGGUCCGUUCACCGAACGAGAAGCCGCCCAAGUCAUGCAUGAAAUCUGUGUCGCUGUCAAGUACUUGCACGAUUCCAACAUCGCACACCGUGAUCUCAAGCCGGAAAACCUGCUCUACACAUCGCCCCAUCCGAACGCCAUACUGAAACUGACCGAUUUUGGGUUCUCGAAGGAAACGUUCAUCAAGGACACGCUGCAAACGCCCUGCUACACGCCGUACUACGUGGCGCCGGAGGUGCUGGGACCGGAGAAGUAUGACAAGAGCUGUGAUAUUUGGUCGUUAGGCGUCAUUAUGUACAUCCUACUGUGCGGCUUUCCACCGUUCUACAGCAACCACGGGCUGGCCAUUUCGCCCGGCAUGAAGGCACGCAUUCGCACCGGCCAGUACGACUUUCCCAACCCCGAGUGGAAGAACGUUAGCCAGGCGGCGAAGGAUCUCAUCCGCGGAAUGCUCAACGUGGAACCGGAAAAGCGGCUCACGAUCGAGCAGGUGAUGAUGAACCCGUGGAUUCGGCGAUACACGGAGGUACCACAAACGCCACUGCACACUGGCCGGAUGCUGAAGGAAGGUGAAGAGAUAUGGCCCGAGGUGCAGGAAGAGAUGACCCGGUCGCUGGCCAACAUGCGUGUGGAUUAUGAGGUAAUGCACAUUAAGAAUCUGGACAGUUCCAACAACGCACUGCUGAACAAGCGGCGAAAGCGUGGCGAGGAUAAGGCUACCCCAACCAACAGUAAGUAACGUCUCUCCCCGUCGUCGUUGUCGUCGUCGUGUGGGUUCGUCCGUCCGUCUCGUCGGUCAACGGUGCAGACACCAGUGGAGUCCCGUUUGUGUGUGUGUCCCAUUAGCGUAAGCGUUGUACGGGUUUAAGAGAGGAAACGAUAAGGUGGACCCCCUUUGGAUGCAUUUCACGCAAACCCUAGCACAAUCCGCGGCGUAGCGGGGAGCGACCAACCCCGAAACGUUGCAAUCGUUAUGGUUUUUAUUGCUAAACUUCAUUUUAAUCAACUCGUUAUCACGCCUGAUUGUGAAGGUAGGUGAUUAGAGCUUAGGAACGUACACCGCAGCGAAGAAAGGAUGUUAACCUCACGAGUGAGCUAAAGUGGAACUAGGAAUUCAUCACAAAUAGAGCGUGUGUGUGUGUUUGUUUAAAGUGGUGCACCGGCAAGUAUUAACAUAGUUUCAGUCAAUUAACACACACCCAAGUUGGCCCACAAACUACAGCACAGGCUCCGGUUUUAUUUUCGCCCAACAACGGCGGUUCUAAGGACCUCCGUUCUGGGGGCGCACACUGCCGCCGGCAUCACACGCAUAUGAAAAGGAACUCACAAUCACAAUACGCUUUACCACCCGGGUGCAUCACACCGACACGCGCGACACGUGUGUCUCUAGUAAAGCUGGUUAAUGCAAGCAAAAAAGAAAUAUUAAUAAGGCUAAAAUUAAGCAACAAAAGUGGCUUUCGUUACUCUGCGCAUUGGUGCGGCAAAGAGUUGUUGAAAUGUUAGAAAUUCGCGUUCAUAUUGAUGUGUGUAACCCCUGGUGUAACUUAGCGUGACAGAGAGAACCGACUUCCCCCCGGAAGCGUAAUGGUAACAUGUAAGACUUUUGCGACCCACACAGGUCGCUGCAGGUUGUGCGCGCGUUCGUUCCGCGUUGAACACGUCGGUUUUACUAUAAAUUCGAUUGCACUAAAUAAAAUUUUACACAUACACAUCGACACACGGCCGCAAGAUUAUGCUGUUGAACUCCAACAGUACCUGCAAAUGGCCACGGGUUCGUGUUUCGAAGCUAACUCCUGUAGUGCUCCUUGUUCGACAAAAACACAUUCCGUCUGUUCCCUUACAUUAUCGGUAUUGUUCAAGGUGCGAUCCGAUCGGUUGUGGAUUUAGGCCUAGAAACAUGUUAUCGUUCGUCCCAGAAAAGCUUUCGGAUCGUAAGAUCGUUUGGAUGCUUGCACGCACGGUGCUUAAGAUGGAAACUGCACAGUGUGUCAUCGCGGGAUUUUAUGUUUAAAAUAUACAAUGCAGCCAUAUCUACUAGUUAGUAAAACAGAGGUUCAAAGGUAAGUUCUUCGUCUUUUAAAGGCUUCCAAUUUCAUGCAAGUCAGAUGACAGAUUAUAAAGUUCCCAAAUUCUUAACAAUAAUCGUUUCUCAGUACUUCUAAAUAGUAUUUUCCAUUGACCGUCUCACCUUUAGGAACGAAUUCCUUGUGAAUUCAACCCUUCGAAUCAUAAAAAGUGAUCAUCAUUUCCUUUAUUCUUGGCUCUUGACAGGACACUAAAGUUUCAGCUCAUACACUCAUCACCAAACAACUUGAAACAAAUUAUAGGUCUCAGUGCACUUUGUUCCUUUUCUACUUUUCAACAAACGUCAUAAAUCUACUGACACAUAAACGCCCAUAACUUUAGGGGUUUAUCAUCCGGUUUGCAUGAAAUUGGGUUCAUUUGAAAGAGGAAGAACGUUAGUAAUAGAAAUAGCUGCAUUUUAUAGUUUACAAAAAUAAAAUCUCGUCAUGUCAAAAUAGGAGGGUGGCCGUCGCCGAACCGGAGAUGCGUUCUUUACCGUUAAUUAGUGAGUCUUUAACGGUCUUUCAAACGCCUCACUUCCUGUUUCUUGCCUCCUUUCCUCUUAUCUUUCUAGACAUUUCUGUUCCUUUGAAAAUGUAAAGCAACGCAAAUCCACAAUACACAUGAGCAUGUAAGCGGUUAAGGUUAAAACUAUUUAUAUAAGCUACAAUAAUAAAACGACAACGAACGGAAAAGAAAGGGAAGGGGAUGGGGCCCUGUUCUCCGAAGGGAACGUAAAGAUGAAGCAAAAAAACACUCAGUGAACCCGGGAAAAUGUAUCCAUUUCCUAUAUAUUUAUAUAUAUACGCGCUUGAUUUUAUUUUGUCAUCAAUAAAAAAUAUAAUAUGUUCAUGUAUGUAUAUAUUUACA